ACCGAAAUCCAAAGCGAGCCCAAUAGUUCCAAAAAAACCCGGACGCUGGGCGAGUGGGCCAGGCGUCCGCUGCUCAGCAACCGGCGGCGAGUGAAGCGGGCCUCGGAGCGCUCUCGUCCGUGCGACCUUUUCCCCUUCAUUCAUUAGCUUCAAACCACAGAGAGAGAGAGAGAGAGAGGCGAAGUUGGUGGGCUCCCCGCAGCGCGGUCGAAAUCCAGGGUUUCGAACCAUCCCCCGGAUCCAUUGCCCCACUUCUUCCUCUUCUCGGAACUCUUUUCAAGAAUCGCCGGCUCGAUUUGAUAUAGAAGAUGGCAGAUGCUGAGGAUAUUCAGCCUCUUGUGUGCGACAAUGGAACUGGGAUGGUUAAGGCUGGAUUUGCUGGAGAUGAUGCUCCCAGGGCUGUUUUCCCUAGCAUUGUUGGCCGCCCACGUCACACUGGUGUGAUGGUUGGCAUGGGCCAGAAAGAUGCAUAUGUUGGGGAUGAAGCUCAAUCCAAGCGUGGUAUUUUAACUUUGAAAUACCCUAUCGAGCAUGGUAUUGUGAGCAACUGGGACGACAUGGAGAAGAUCUGGCACCAUACAUUUUACAAUGAACUUCGUGUUGCCCCGGAAGAGCACCCAGUUCUCCUCACUGAGGCACCUCUCAACCCUAAGGCUAAUCGCGAGAAGAUGACUCAAAUCAUGUUUGAGACAUUCAACGCUCCUGCUAUGUAUGUUGCAAUCCAGGCUGUUCUCUCUCUAUAUGCUAGUGGUCGCACAACAGGCAUUGUACUGGACUCCGGGGAUGGUGUCAGCCACACAGUUCCUAUCUAUGAAGGAUAUGCACUCCCACAUGCAAUCCUCCGUCUGGACUUGGCAGGGCGUGAUCUGACUGAUGCUUUCAUGAAGAUUCUGACAGAGCGAGGCUACUCUUUCACUACGACAGCAGAGCGUGAAAUUGUGAGAGACAUGAAGGAGAAACUGGCAUACAUCGCUCUAGACUAUGAGCAGGAGCUGGAGAUGGCCAAGAACAGCUCAUCUGUAGAGAAGAGUUAUGAGUUACCUGAUGGUCAGGUGAUCACCAUUGGUGCUGAGCGGUUCCGGUGCCCAGAGGUUCUUUUCCAGCCAUCAAUGAUUGGGAUGGAAGCUGCAGGCAUUCAUGAGACCACCUAUAACUCCAUCAUGAAGUGCGAUGUCGAUAUUAGGAAAGAUCUGUAUGGCAACAUCGUUUUGAGUGGUGGGUCCACCAUGUUCCCAGGUAUUGCUGACAGGAUGAGCAAGGAGAUAACAGCCCUGGCACCAAGCAGCAUGAAGAUAAAGGUGGUUGCUCCCCCUGAGAGAAAGUACAGUGUUUGGAUUGGGGGCUCCAUCUUAGCAUCCCUUAGCACUUUCCAGCAGAUGUGGAUUGCAAAGGCCGAGUAUGAUGAGUCCGGCCCAUCGAUCGUGCACAGGAAAUGCUUCUAAUGUUAUGGGAUUCUGAAGCAAUUUGAAGGGAAAUAUUGUUACAUCAAUCACGUUGUUUAAGCGGACACAAUAUUCAGCGAACCCAUUCAUUAUUAUUUUCUUCUUUGCAAAGACUUGGACUUCUAGUCCAAACGGCAGCCUAUAAAUUUUGCUUUUAGUUGGGCUUCAGUUAAUUUUUUACCUUAUAAUUUUUUCCCCGAUAUUCUUAUUUCUAUUAAAAAGUGCAUUUUAGUUUGUGGUUGGUUUUCAUGCACCUACUGAGGUACAAUGGGCGCUGGUAACAUGAAUGUUGGAGAAAAAAUAACAGGAAUCAUUUUUUUUUUCCUGCUCA